GUUGAAUUAAUACAACAAUGGAGUUAGUUCCAAGGAUAUUUUCGUCAAUUCUUACUUACUCUUAAAGAUGCUCAGCUGCUGCACCAAGAAGGUACAUCCGGUCGGGAAAGGUGAGCUAACCGACGAACACAAAAGGCUGAUCAAGACCGUGUGGAGCGAUCUGAGAGAACAAAUAGGGGAAGUUGGGAUGGAGUCUUUUCUGCGGUUUUUCAACACUCAUCCGGAGGCCCAGGACUCUUUCCUGGUCUUCAAGGAUAUCCCCAGAGAGGAACUGAGUCAAAGCAUUAAACUUAAGGAGCACGGCUUGAAAGUGACCAGUGUCGUGGACAGGUGUGUGAAUAGGCUGGAUGACCCGAAUGCCAUGAAGAACAUAGCGACUCAACUAGGCAAGUACCACGAGCGUGGCCUACUGCUCAAGUAUCAAACUGCUCUAAGAGACAGCUACAUUGACGCUAUUAAAAUGAGGAGCACUAUUGUCUGGAACAGUAAGUGCCAAGAAGCGUGGAUAACUUUUUUUGACAAGUUUCAAAAGGAACUGGCUGAAGCGUCCUGC